AUGCCAAAAGAAUGGGAUAAACUCAUGGAAGCCGCAAAAAUUGUUGCGCAAACCGAAGAAUCACUCGCUGGAAACAAGAGUUAUUACUCUGAAGAUCGAUUCUCCAGAGGGAACACGCGCGACAACAACAAGCGCAACAAAUACAAGGGUAAUGAUUGGAAGUCUGGAAGAUUAAGGGGUCACGAUGAAAGGCCGCGCUAUAGAGAAGACACGCGCGAAACAAUUGACAGAAUCGGUUACUGGAAAGCAGUCAAGGAUGAUAAUCAUGACAAGCACUGGACCCCGCUCAUAAAAACGCCAAAAGAGGUGUUAAUGACGGAGAACCACGAUUUCAAGGCUCCUAGGCCUAUGACAAACAAGAAGGGGCAAGACCCCAACUUGUACUGCGACUUCCAUAAAGACUCAGGGCACCUGACCGAUGAUUGCUAUAGUCUGCGCCAAGAGAUCGAGAAAGCGCUAAAGAGCGGAAAGCUAAGUCACUUGGUGAAGAACGUGCGCAAAGAAACUCGUCAGCUCCAUCGCCACGAUGAGGGAAAUCACAAGAAAGUCCGACGCUUAGAGACCCACAUGGUCAACGGACCAAGAUACAGUGCAAAAGAGAAAGGCAAGCGCCCCUACGAGCCUUCAUGGCAAGAGCAACAGGUCAUUUUCCCGGUAGUGCGCGGCGGUCCUCGCGCCACACGACCCGUCGUCAUUACCGGCAUUAUCGGCCACUAUGAAACGGAGUACGUAUUCAUUGAUCCAGGAAGUACAGCUGACAUCAUCUAUGAACAGUGUUUUAACCAGUUUGAUGAAGAAGACAAAGCGAGACUCGAGCCAGUUGAUUAUCCUUUGUCCGGAUUUUGCAACGAGAUGGUUUUCCCACUGGGUCAGAUCAGCUUCCCCGUCACGCUCUCUGAUGGGAAGCAUUCAAGAACAACAAGCGUGAAUUUCAUGGUGAUGCCCUUCAAAUCGAGGCAUGAUGUGUUGAUUGGGAGGGAAACCCAAGGCACCUUCAUUUUCGAUAUUGUUGGUUACCAUUCCAAAUACCUUGAUGUUGCCGUGACUAUUUUCUCUAAUGCUGUUGUUUGA